UUACUGUUAAACAAAAACCUGUUCUUGUGAUCGAACCCAUUUGUUCUUCUGUGAAGGAAGGGUCAAAUGUCAGUUUUCAUUGUAAAGUAGCAAAUAUAAAAGAUGCAUAUCUUAAAAACGACACAGUUAUUAAAAUGUGUUUUGGAAACAAGACGCUACGAGGCUGCCAUUUGAACUCUACAUAUGAUUCAACUUGCAACCUUGUCGUUAAGUCAAACAUGACAAUAAAAUGCGGAUUAAGCAACUGCUCAAAUAAUUCCAUCACGUCUACCAUAACCGCAGUGAGCAAAGGUGACAAACUUUGUGAACCUGACAAUCAAUGGCCUUCAACACAACAAGGACAAGAAGCUAGAAUCCCCUGUCCGGAGGGAUACUCAGGUGAAGUUACUAGAAAGUGUCUAUCAAAUGGAAAAUGGGAUACAACAGACACUUCGGAAAGCUGUACACAAAAUAAAUUAAAGGAGAUUGAAAACGUUCUCAGCAAACCUGGAAAAUUAACAGCAGAUAUCGUGGAGUCAUCCUUAUCCACUAUAUCAAGCAUACUAGUAGUGAACGACUCUACCUCUUCUUCAAAUGAGAACAAACUUGCAGACAAUGACAUAAAACAAAGUGUAGACCUUAUAUCUACCAUAUCUACAAAAGUCAGCUUCACAGAUCAGGAGGCUGCCAACAAGACAACACAGAUUUUCAUGGGAAUUGUGAGUGACAUACUGGGCCCAGGAAAAAAUAAUGUGGCAUCGAGAGAUACUAAUGCAGAUAAGAAAGAGAAAGAGAAAGAGGUAACAAGCAAAAUCUUAGCAUCUGUGAAUAGUUUUGCGAAAUCUGUGACGAGUGCUUUGAAAGUCAACCAAAAAGUCACGGUGAAAAAGACGAACAUGUUGCUGAGUAUAGAGAAGAUUGACAAAUAUACUGAUAUUAAGUUUCCCAAGGAAACAGAAGAUAGCAGUGAACAGACGACCCACUUCGUGCUACCACAAGCAGCUUUUAAACAUAUGACAGGGACUGAAGUUGCUUUCACAGCUGUUAAAUAUAAAGAUAUUGGCUCCGAAUUCAUCUCUAAAAAUAACACGGAGGUCGGAUCCAGUGUUUUGUCCCUUACUGUCAAUGGGCUGGACUCACAGUGUCUACAUGGAAAUAUCACACUUUCGUUUCAAAGGAAAAAUGUUACCGGAAAUUCGACAGAGUGUGUAUUUUUGUGGGAAAAUAAUAGUGAUACACACAGCGUUUGGAAUACGUCAGGAUGUUCUUUAGAGAACUCUACAGAUUCCCAGGUUAAGUGUUCAUGCAACCAUCUAACCAACUUCGCCAUUUUGAUGAGUUAUACUGAAGAGGUAUCAAAGGAAGACAUCAAACGACUAAAAAUAAUAUCUGUCUUCGGAUGCAGCCUCUCUAUAAUUGGGGCUUUUGUAACAAUCGUCUUGUACAUUUACUUUUGGAGAUACAUAAAAUCUCGUCGUUCUACGUUGGUCAUUAAUCUAUGUUCUGCUCUGUGUAUUGCAUAUCUUUUGUUCCUAACUGCUGUAGAACAUUCGGAAAACAAGACAGGUUGUAUAAUAAUUGCUGCUCUUUUGCACUACUUCUUCCUGGCUAUGUUCACUACAAUGCUCUGCCUAGGCAUCGAUCUUGCAAUUGCAGUUUUUGAUGUUUUCAGCUCAAGGUCAAGGUCUGCUAUUUUCCUUCUGGUUAGUUGGGGUUUACCGGCAGUCAUUGUUGCUAUUACUUUGGGAGGAUCUCAGUUGGAGGGAUAUGGUGAUGAAACAUACUGUUGGCUACGACACACCACUUUGUUUGGGUUCAUCGUCCCGGUUCUUUGUAUAGUUUUGGUGAAUUUAAUUAUUGUCAUCUUCGUCAUGCGCAGAAUAUAUACGUCUUCUUUUAUGAUGAAAAAAUCUCUGAAAGAAAAAACAUUGAGUGGACUGAAGGGAGUAUGUGGGCUGCUGCCAAUAUUAGGCCUUACCUGGGUUUUUGGAAUAUUUUCCGUGAAUCAGGAUCUAAUAAUUUUCCAGUAUUUGUUUGCAGUUUUCAAUUCCCUUCAGGGUCUCUUCAUCUUUCUGUUUUACGUUGCCUUGAAUCCACAGAUGCGAGAAGCAGUUGCGAGAAAGAUUAAAAUAUACGAUUCAAAAUCAUCAAUUUCAAAGACCUCAAAGACAACAAAAUUUGUAUCGACUUCUUAUUCAGAAGAGGAACAAAACUUUGAAGAGCGUGAAGAUGGCACAGCGGCAUCAAAUAUGUUCAUCAUUCCGCGCUGUAGUGUACAAAACAAACUGUUCAAUAAGAGACAGUAAACAUCUAGAUUGCCGUACUCCGUUAUGCUACAGCACAGCUGUUCAAUAAAGGAUCCAUGAGGAAAGGAUUUGUGAUAUGAUUAACUAGCAUAAUACUAAUCCUGUCAGAUGUAAUAAGAUAAUCAUUUCGGGUUUUUUUUUUACUUAUUUCGUACUGUAUUUGUAGCAUUGAUAAGAAACGCAAGGGAGUAAAUAAAUUUCUCUCAUUUGUUUGCAAUGUUUAUUCCAAUUGAAAACUCAAUUUUAAAAAAAAAAUGUUUUAAUUAUGCGUAUUUUGUGUAUCACUUUUUUUAUUACUGUAUAUUUAAAUCUUGUAAUUAUAAUCUUUGACCCAAAUGCAUAAUAAUUUUAUCUGAUGUCAAUUUAGAUAUUUUAUAACAAAUCAAUAUGUAAUAAGUAAUUUAUUACAAGACAAAAUUAAGACCUAAUGAUUGUCCUAUUCGCUGUUUGGAAUCUUAAGUGUUUUAAUUUUUUGUGUCUCUAUAUUUCGGUAAUUAAAUUGAAAAGCUGAUCGUUUAUAUUAUUCAUAUUCAGUUUCGUAUGAUUGAAAUACGAUUUCUUUACUGUUGUAUAUUUGUAAAUAUUUUUAUUGUAAAGUUAUGUAUUAAUAUAUUUGGCCGUUUCUUCUCUUCAAAAUUUUUUGUUACAAAAAUUAAACUACUGGUGUGAUAAGCAGUUUUAUAUUUUUGCAGUUUUCGUAAUUGAACCUCAUAUCUAAUAUGAUUUGUUAUAAAUUAUUGUGGUUUAUAAAACAAUUUUCAAAAUAUACAAGUUUUUUCUGAUAUUUUUCCACCAUUUUUUAAAAAGGACAGUUUUCUUGUACUUGGGUGUGCGUCUUAAGCUACACAAAUGAGUAAGUAUGUAUAAAGUUAUUAAAAAUUAGUAAAUAUUUUCGCCAAUUUCUGACUGCUAAGUAAAAAAUAUUUGCACGUAAUGAGAAAAUGUAAAUUUAAAGGUUAAAAAAGCAAAUAUUGUAUUUCUGCUAGUUAAACGUAACGAAGUUCCUAAGCAUUGUAACCUCCUGAGAGCCAAGUCAAAUACAACGAUUAGCAACCUGUAAUGUUAACAUGUAUUCUAUUUUAUUAGACUUUUUAAACAAGCGGUCAGGGGCCAUAUCGCUCAUCUGAGCAACAAUCGCUAUAACUCUGAUCAAAUCGGUUAUGGUAUCAAAAUCAAAAUUUCUUAAAAAUGAAGCACAGCAGACCUUGUUGAUCCUGUGCAAAAGUUGAAAAAAUCUGCCGUUUUAAUUACCAUUCCCUUUGUGGUCACACUCUUCUCCAGGGAUUCAUGCAUAUGGUUUGAUCAAACUUUCAUCGCUACAGCCGGUGUUUUCACACAAGUUUCAGCUUUUUUGGCUGAACGCUUUUUCCAGAAGAUUUUCUCUAUAUCGUCUUAUGU